AUGCGGAGCUCGGAGGAGCGGGCGGCGCUCGCUGCAGAGAACGCGGACCAGGAGCCCGGCGCCGACCCGCGACUGCGACUCCUGGGGGCCUACGUGGCCCAGAGCCUGCGGCCGGCUGCGGGCGCCUGGGAGCGCUGCGCGGGAGCGGCCGAAGCGGAGCAGCUGCUGCAGGCCUUCCUGGGCCGCGAGGUUGCGGAGGGGCCGCGGCCGCUGCUGGUGGUGCGGCCUGGGCCCGGGGGCCUGACGGUGCUUCCGGGGCUCGACGCUGGACCCGAGUCCGGCCCGGCUCGCGAUAAGGGGCUUUUUUUCCUGCGCACCAGGCCCGAGCCACCGGGGCCCAACAGCCUCCGCGGCGCCGUGCUCUGCGGGGACCUGCCGGCGACGCCUCUGGAGCACCUGGCCGCGCUCUUCUCCGAGGUUGUCCUACCCCUCCUGGCCAAUGAGAAAAAUCACCGAGGCUGGCCCCACCUGCUACGUCAAGAUGUCAGGCGGCACGCCCACACCCUCCAGUGUGACCUCUUGGUUGUCCUUGAGCAAAUGAAGGGGAAAACUUUGCUGCCUCUUCCAGCAGGCUUAGAAAAAAUGGAGUUUGUGGAUUUUGAAAGUGAGACAGUCUUGGAUUCUAUAGACAAGUCAGUCAUCUACAGCAUGGAGUCUGCAGUGAUCAGAUGGAGCCACCAAGUCCAGGUGGUGCUCAGGAGAGAGUCUUCCCAGCCACUCUUGCAAGGAGAGAAUCCCACCCCUGAGGUGGAGUUGGAGUUCUGGAAGAGCAGGUAUGAGGAUCUGGAAUACAUUUACAAUCAACUGAAAACGAUAAAGGCGAGAGGCAUGGCUGGGCUCCUGGACAAGCUUCAGAGUAGCUACUUCCCAGCUUUCAAAGCCAUGUUCAGAGACGUUGUAGCAGCUCUGACAGAGGCACAGGACAUCCAUGUGCAUCUAGUACCACUCCACCGCCACCUGGAAACCCUCAAGAGUGUGGAGUUUCCAGAGGUGAAGACCCGGCUGCAGCCUCUGCUCCAUGUGGUCUGUCUGAUUUGGGCCACCUGCAAGUUUUACCGCUCCCCAGGGAGGCUCACUGUGCUGCUCCAGGAGAUUUGCAACCUUCUCAUCCAGCAGGCCUCUAAUUAUCUCUGCCCAGAAGACCUCCUGAGAAGUGAGGCAGAAGAAAGUCAGAGGAAACUACAAGUGGUCACAGACACAUUGAGCUUCUUCAAGCAGGCGUUUCAGGACAGAAGGGAGACUCUCCAUACUUACUUCAAAGACAGCCAGGAAGUCAAGGAGUGGGAUUUCCAGUCUUGUUUGGUGUUCGUGCGAUUGGAUGGCUUCCUGGGACGACUGCACGUGGUGGCAGAUCUUCUGAAGACAGCCUUGGACUUCCACAAACUGGGAAAGCUUGAGUUUAGUGGCAUCAGAGGAAAUGCCCUGAGUCAGCAGGUCCAGCAAAUGUUCGAGGAAUUUCAAGAGAUGUACAGGGUCUUCUCAGAGGCCUCCUAUGACUGCAUGGACCUCCAAAGCAUGGAAUUUGAAACUGAUGUCUCUGAAUUUAACCAAAGAGCAGAAGACCUUGACAGAAGAUUGGGGACUAUCUUUAUUCAAGCUUUCGAUGAUACACCUGACUUGGAACAUGCCUUUAAGCUGCUAGACAUAGCAGGAAACCUCCUCAAAAGACCACUGGUAGCACAGGAGACAUCUGAUAAAUACCUGGUCCUCAUCCAAAUGUUCAACAAAGACCUGGAUGUGGUGAGAAUAAUCUACAAUCAGCAUGUCCUGGAGGAGGCAGAACUUGGGUUCCCCCCAGUGCACAAGAACAUGCCCACCGUGGCCGGUGGCCUCCGAUGGGCACAGGAGCUGAGGCAGCGCAUCCAGGGGCCCUUCAGCAACUUCAGACGCAUCCCACUUCCUUGCAUGGAAUCUGCUGAAGGAAAGCGGAUGUUACAAAAAUAUGAAGAUAUGCUCUCAUUGCUGGACAAGUAUGAGACAAGACUUUAUGAAGACUGGUGUCGGACAGUGUCAGAGAAAUCACAGUACAAUCUUUCCCAACCACUUCUGAAACGUGACCCAGAGACAAAGCAGAUCGCUGUCAACUUUAAUCCACAGCUGGUUUCAGUGCUGAAAGAAAUGAGCUAUCUUGAAUCCAGAGAGAGGAAGCACAUUCCUGAGACAGCAGCAGCCCUGUUCUCCUCCAGGGAAUUCUAUCGGCAGCUUGUGGCUAACUUGGAGUUGCUGGCAAACUGGUACAACAAAGUUAUGAAAACCCUGCUAGAGGUGGAAUUUCCAUUAGUGGAGGAAGAGCUGCAAAAUAUUGAUCUCUGUCUGAGAGCUGCAGAGGAGACUCUGAACUGGAAAACAGAAGGCAUUUGGGAUUAUGUCAUUCAAAUCACCAAUAGUAUUCAUGAUCUUGAAGAAAGAAUUCAGAAAGCUAAAGACAAUGUGGAAGAGAUUCAAAACAUCAUGAAAGCCUGGGUGACUCCAAUAUUUAAGAGAAAAGAUGGAAAAAGGGAAAGCCUUCUCUCUCUGGAUGACCAGCAUGAUCAAAUGGAAAAAUAUUACAGUCUCAUCAAAGAAUCUGGCCUUAAGAUUCAUGCCCUUGUUCAGGAAAACCUGGGUCUGUUUUCAGCAGACCCAACCUCCAGUAUCUGGAAGACUUACGUUAACUACCUUGAUAAUAUGUUGCUGGAUGGAUUUUUUCUUGCCAUUGAGUGCUCCCUCAAGUACCUCCUGGAAAAUACUGAGUGCAAGGCAGGGCUCACCCCAAUAUUUGAAGCACACCUGAGCCUAGCCACCCCAGAGUUAGUUUUCUAUCCAUCUCUGGAGUCUGGAGUGAAGAGGAAUUUCUAUGACAUUGUUGAAGGUCUGGUCAACAACAUUUUUAGGAUAUCGUCGCUGGUGCCACGGCUUUCCCCACAAAACAGUUCUUCUCACUAUCAGGUCGACCUGGAGGGCCUGGCCGAUCUGGCACGUAUGCGGAGCACACUCCUGGACAGGGUCCAGAGAGUGAUGGCCCUCGGCUGCAGUUAUCGGAACACCUUCAGCCAAUACGCCUACCUCUACAUGGAGGACCAGAAGGAGAUCCUGGGUCAGUUUCUGUUGUACGGACAUGUCCUCACACCAGAGGAGAUUGAAGCCCAUGUGGAAAAUGGCAUCCCCGAGAAUCCUCCUCUCCUCUUUCAGUUCAAAGUGCAAAUUGACUCCUACGAGAAGCUCUAUGAAGAGGUGUGCAGGCUGGAGCCCAUCAAGGUGUUUGACGGCUGGAUGAAGAUUGAUGUUCGACCCUUUAAAGCAUCUCUGCUGAAUGUAAUUAAGAGGUGGAGCCUCAUGUUCAAGCAGCAUCUCGUGGACUAUGUCACUAACAGCUUGGCCGACCUUGAAGUGUUCAUAAAAAAUAGAGAGAGCGGCUUGCUCAGGAAAGUUGAAAAAGGAGAUUUCAAGGGAUUGGUUGAAAUUAUGGGACACCUUGUGGCUCUUAAAGAACGGCAGAGCAGUACUGAUGAGAUGUUUGAGCCCUUAAAGCAAACUAUUGAAUUGCUGAAGACCUAUGAACAGGAGUUGCCAGAAACCGUGUUUAAGCAGCUGGAGGAGUUGCCUGAGAAAUGGAAUAACGUAAAAAAGAUGGCCAUUACUGUGAGGCAGCAGGUGGCCCCGCUGCAGGCAAAUGAAGUGACCCUCCUCCGCCAGAGGUGCAUGGCCUUCGAUGCUGAACAGCGGCAAUUCUGGGAAAAAUUCCACAAAGACGCCCCCUUCAGGUUUGACAGCAUUAAUCCUCAUCAGAUGCUGGACACCAGGCACACUGAGAUCCAGCAGAUGGAAUCCACCUUGGCCUCCAUUUCUGAGUCUGCCAGCUUGUUUGAGGUCAAUGUUCCCGACUACAAGCAGCUGAAGCAGUGCAGGAGAGAGGUCUGCCAGCUGAAGGAGCUCUGGGACACCAUUGGAAUGGUGACCUCCAGUAUCCAUGCCUGGGAGGACACCCCAUGGAGAGAUAUCGAUGUGGAAGCCAUGAACUUGGAGUGCAAACAGUUUGCCCGGCACAUCCGGAACCUCGACAAGGACGUCAGGGCCUGGGAUGCAUUCACAGGCCUGGAAAGUACGAUCUUGAACACCCUGACCUCCCUGAGAGCAGUGGCUGAGCUGCAGAAUCCAGCCAUCCGGGAGCGGCACUGGAGGCAGCUGAUGCAGGCCACGGGUGUGAGCUUCACCAUGGACAAGGACACCACCUUGGCACAACUCCUGCGGCUCCAGCUGCACCACUUUGAGGACGAGGUCCGGGGCAUUGUGGACAAAGCUGUGAAAGAGAUGAGCAUGGAGAAGACCUUGAAGGAGCUGCAGACCACGUGGGCCAGCAUGGAGUUCCAGUAUGAGCCUCACCCUCAGACCAGCGUCCCUUUGCUGCGGUCUGACGAGGACCUCAUCGAAGUUCUGGAGGAUAAUCAAGUCCAGCUUCAGAACCUGAUGAUGUCCAAGUGUGUUGCUUUCUUCCUGGAGGAAGUGUCAGACUGGCAGAAGAAGCUGUCCACAGCUGAUGCUGUCAUCUCCAUCUGGUUUGAGGUGCAGCGCACAUGGUCCCACCUGGAAAGGAUAUUCAUUGGAUCUGAAGAUAUCCGGGCUCAGCUACCCCAGGAUUCUAAAAGAUUUGAAGGCAUCGACACUGACUUUAAGGAACUUGCUUACGAUGCUCAGAAAACCCCAAAUGUAGUGGAAGCUACCAACAAAUCAGGUCUUUAUGAAAAACUGGAGGAUGUUCAGAGCAGAUUGUGCCUGUGUGAGAAGGCCCUGGCAGAGUACCUCGAUACCAAGAGGCUUGCCUUCCCUCGGUUUUACUUUCUCUCCUCUUCUGAUCUGUUAGACAUCCUUUCCAAUGGCACAGCUCCGCAACAGGUUCAACGUCACCUAUCCAAACUCUUUGACAACAUGGCCAAGAUGCAAUUCCAACUAGAUGCCAGUGGGAAACCAACCAAGAUGAGUCUUGGUAUGUACAGCAAAGAAGAAGAGUAUGUGGCCUUCAGUGAACCCUGCGACUGCAGCGGGCAGGUGGAAAUAUGGCUGAACCACGUGCUUGCUCACAUGAAGGCUACCGUGAGGCACGAGAUGACAGAAGGCGUGAGUGCCUAUGAAGAAAAGCCCAGGGAGCAGUGGCUCUUUGACUACCCAGCUCAGGUGGCCUUGACCUGCACUCAGAUCUGGUGGACAACAGAAGUGGGCAUUGCAUUCACCAGGCUGGAGGAGGGCUACGACCAUGCCAUGAAGGAUUAUUAUAAGAAGCAAGUGGCCCAGCUCAAAACCCUCAUCACCAUGCUGAUCGGCCAACUCUCUAGUGGGGAUCGGCAGAAGAUCAUGACCAUAUGCACCAUCGAUGUGCAUGCCCGGGAUGUGGUGGCCAAGAUGAUUGCUCAGAAGGUAGACAAUGCCCAGGCAUUCCUCUGGCUGUCUCAGCUGCGCCAUCGUUGGGAUGACGAGGCCAAGCACUGCUUUGCAAACAUCUGUGAUGCCCAGUUUCUGUAUUCUUAUGAGUACCUGGGAAAUACUCCUCGCCUGGUGAUCACUCCUUUGACUGACAGAUGCUACAUCACCCUCACCCAGUCUCUGCACCUGACCAUGAGUGGGGCUCCAGCAGGACCUGCAGGCACAGGCAAGACCGAGACCACCAAGGACCUGGGCCGAGCGCUGGGCAUCAUGGUCUAUGUGUUUAACUGCUCAGAGCAGAUGGACUACAAGUCUUGCGGCAGCAUCUACAAGGGCCUUGCUCAGACUGGUGCCUGGGGCUGUUUUGAUGAGUUUAAUCGAAUCUCCGUGGAAGUCUUGUCAGUGGUGGCUGUGCAGGUAAAAAGCAUUCAAGAUGCAAUUCGAGAUAAGAAGCAGAAGUUCAACUUCCUUGGGGAGGAGAUUAGCCUGGAUCCUUCCGUCGGCAUCUUCAUCACCAUGAACCCAGGCUAUGCAGGGCGCACAGAGCUGCCAGAGAACCUAAAAGCUCUCUUCAGGCCUUGUGCAAUGGUUGUUCCAGACUUUGAGUUGAUCUGUGAAAUCAUGCUGGUGGCCGAAGGAUUUAUCGAAGCCCGGUUAUUAGCCAGAAAGUUCAUCACCCUCUACAAGCUGUGCAAAGAGCUUCUCUCCAAACAGGAUCACUAUGACUGGGGUCUGCGGGCCAUCAAGUCUGUGCUCGUGGUGGCAGGAUCCCUGAAGCGAGGAGACCCUGACCGGCCUGAGGACCAAGUCCUGAUGCGCUCCUUGCGAGAUUUCAACAUCCCCAAGAUCGUGACUGAUGACAUGCCCGUGUUCAUGGGCCUGAUCGGGGACCUCUUUCCCACCCUGGAUGUCCCCCGGAGGAGAGACCUCAACUUCGAAGCUUUGGUUAAGAAGGCGGUCAUGGAUCUGAAGCUCCAGGCUGAGGAUAACUUUGUGCUCAAGGUGAUCCAGUUGGAGGAGCUGCUGGCAGUAAGGCACUCUGUGUUCGUGGUGGGCGGCGCUGGAACAGGCAAGUCCCAGGUGCUGAGGUCCUUGCACAAGACCUAUCAGAUCAUGAAACGCCGCCCCGUCUGGACUGACCUCAACCCCAAAGCAGUCACAAAUGAUGAACUCUUUGGCAUCAUCAAUCCGGCCACACGAGAAUGGAAGGAUGGAUUGUUCUCUUCCGUCAUGCGGGAGCUUGCCAGCAUGACCCAUGAUGGGCCCAAGUGGAUUUUACUGGAUGGCGACAUAGAUCCGAUGUGGAUCGAAUCCCUGAACACUGUCAUGGAUGAUAACAAGGUGCUGACCCUGGCAAGCAACGAGAGGAUUCCUCUAAACCCCACCAUGCGGCUCCUCUUUGAGAUCAGCCACCUGCACACAGCCACCCCAGCCACUGUCUCCAGAGCAGGGAUCCUAUACAUCAACCCGGCAGACUUGGGAUGGAACCCCCCCGUGAGCAGCUGGAUUGACAAGAGGGAAAUGCAGAUGGAAAGAGCCAACCUGACCAUUCUGUUUGACAAGUAUCUUCCCACCUGCUUAGACACACUCAGAACCAGGUUUAAGAAGAUAAUUCCAGUCCCAGAGCAGAGCAUGGUUCAGACAGUGUGCCACCUUCUUGAGUGUCUCCUGACCACAGAGGACAUCCCUGCCGACUGCCCCAAGGAAACCUACGAGCUUUAUUUUGUGUUUGCUGCCAUCUGGGCUUUCGGGGGAGCAAUGGUCCAAGAUCAGCUGGUGGACUACCGGGCAGAGUUCAGCAAAUGGUGGCUGACUGAGUUCAAGACAGUCAAGUUUCCCUCCCAGGGGACCAUCUUUGACUAUUACAUAGACCCAGAGACGAAGAAAUUCGAGCCUUGGUCCAAGCUCAUCCCCCAGUUUGAAUUUGACCCUGAGAUGCCUUUGCAGGCCUGUCUGGUGCCCACAACCGAGACCGUCCGCAUCUUCUACUUCUUGGAGCGGCUCAUGGCGUGGCGGCGGCCUGUCAUGCUGGUGGGCACCGCCGGCACUGGCAAGUCGGUGCUGGUGGGAGCGAAGCUGGCCAGCCUCGACCCCGAGGAACACCUGGUGAAGAACGUGCCCUUCAACUACUACACCACGUCGGCAAUGCUGCAGGCUGUCCUGGAGAAGCCUCUAGAAAAGAAGGCUGGCAGAAACUACGGUCCUCCAGGCAACAAGAAGCUUGUGUAUUUCAUUGAUGACAUGAACAUGCCUGAGGUGGACGCUUACGGGACUGUGCAGCCCCACACUAUCAUCCGGCAGCAUCUCGACUAUGGCCACUGGUAUGAUCGAAACAAGCUGUCCCUAAAGGAGAUCACAAAUGUACAGUAUGUUUCCUGUAUGAACCCCACUGCAGGCAGCUUCACCAUCAACCCACGGCUUCAGCGUCACUUCAGCGUGUUUGCGCUCUCCUUUCCGGGAGCAGAUGCCCUGUCCUCCAUCUACAGCACCAUCCUGACUCAGCACCUGAAGCUUGGAAACUUCCCAGCAUCCCUGCAGAAAGCCAUCCCCCAGCUGAUCAGUCUGGCCCUCAGCUUCCACCAGAAAAUCACUACCACAUUCCUACCCACAGCAGUCAAAUUCCACUACAUCUUCAAUCUCAGAGAUCUUGCCAACAUUUUCCAGGGCAUUCUCUUCUCCUCAGUGGAAUGUAUAAAAUCCACACAGGACCUAGUAAAGCUCUAUCUUCAUGAAUCAAAUCGGGUUUAUCGAGAUAAAAUGGUAGAAGAAAAGGACUUCGAUCUUUUUGAUAAAAUCCAGACAGAAGUACUCAAGAAAAUUUUCGAUGAUAUGGAAGAUACCUUGGAGCAGACCCGAAGCCUGAACAUGUACUGCCACUUUGCAAAUGGCCUAGGUGAGCCCAAGUACAUGCCUGUACAAUCAUGGGAACUUUUGACCCAGACCCUGGUGGAAGCCUUGGAGAACCACAAUGAAGUCAACACAGUGAUGGACCUGGUUCUCUUUGAGGAUGCCAUACGCCAUGUCUGUCAUAUUAAUCGCAUCUUGGAGUCCCCACGGGGAAAUGCACUGCUGGUUGGUGUAGGUGGGAGUGGCAAGCAGAGCCUGACAAGGCUUGCAGCUUUCAUCAGCUCCAUGGAUGUAUUCCAGAUCACACUGCGCAAAGGCUACCAGAUCCUGGACUUGAAGGUGGACCUGGCCAGCCUGUGUCUGAAGGCAGGGGUAAAGAAUCUCAGCACAGUGUUUCUUAUGACCGAUGCCCAGGUGGCUGACGAGACGUUCCUUGUGCUCAUCAAUGAUCUCUUGGCAUCUGGAGAGAUCCCAGAUCUCUACUCUGAUGAUGACAUUGAAAACAUCAUAAGCAAUGUGAGGAAUGAGGUCAAGAGCCAAGGUCUGGUUGACAACAGAGAGAACUGCUGGAAGUUCUUUAUAGACCAGGUCCGACGACAACUGAAGGUGACUCUCUGUUUCUCCCCUGUGGGGAACAAGCUGAGGGAUCGCAGCAGGAAGUUUCCAGCCAUUGUGAACUGCACAGCUAUCGACUGGUUCCACAAGUGGCCUCAGCAGGCACUGGAGUCUGUCAGUCUCCGCUUCUUGCAGAACACAGAGGGCAUUGAGCCCACAGUAAAGCAGUCGAUUAGCAAGUUCAUGGCCUUUGUCCACACAAGUGUCAACCGAACAUCCCAGUCUUAUCUGAGCAAUGAGCAGCGCUACAACUACACAACUCCCAAAUCCUUUCUGGAGUUCAUCAGACUCUACCAGAGCUUGCUGCACAGGAAUGGAAAAGAACUCAAGUCCAGAAUGGAGCGGCUUGAGAACGGGCUGCUGAAACUCCAUUGCACCUCUGCCCAGGUAGAUGACCUGAAAGCCAAGCUGGCUGCCCAGGAAGUGGAGUUGAAGCAGAAGAAUGAAGACGCAGACAAACUGAUUCAGGUGGUAGGCGUGGAGACUGACAAAGUGAGCCGAGAGAAAGCCAUUGCAGACGAGGAGGAGCGGAAGGUGGCCCUCAUCAUGCUGGAGGUGCAGCAGAAGCAGAAGGACUGUGAGGAUGACCUGGCCAGAGCAGAGCCAGCGCUCACGGCAGCCCAGGCAGCGCUCAACACCCUCAACAAGACCAACCUGACAGAGCUGAAGUCAUUUGGUUCUCCACCUCCGGCCGUCAGCAACGUCACUGCUGCAGUGAUGGUGCUUAUGGCCCCUGGCGGCAAAGUCCCCAAGGACCGGAGCUGGAAGGCUGCUAAGGUCACUAUGGCCAAAGUGGAUGGCUUCCUGGACUCCCUCAUCAACUUUGACAAAGAGAACAUCCACGAGAACUGCCUCAAAGCCAUCCGGCCGUAUCUGCAAGACCCUGAGUUCAAUCCGGAGUUUGUGGCCACCAAGUCCUAUGCAGCUGCAGGCCUCUGCUCUUGGGUCAUAAACAUCGUGAGGUUCUACGAGGUCUUCUGCGAUGUGGAACCCAAGCGCCAGGCAUUGAACAAAGCCACCUCGGACCUCACCGCUGCCCAGGAGAAGUUGGCAGCCAUCAAAGACAAGAUCGCUCACCUUAAUGAAAACCUGGCAAGGCUCACAACCAAGUUUGAGAGAGCAACGGCAGACAAAGUCAAAUGUCAGCAAGAAGCACAAGUGACGGCAGGAACCAUCUCCCUUGCAAACCGCCUGGUUGGAGGACUCGCUGCUGAAAAUGUGAGGUGGGCAGAAGCCGUGCAGAAUUUCAAACAGCAGGAAGGGACGUUAUGUGGCGACAUUUUACUGACUGCGGCUUUCAUUUCAUACCUCGGCUUCUUUACAAAGAAAUACCGGCAGAGCCUCGUGGAGGGGACCUGGAGACCCUACCUGAGCCAGCUGACGGUUCCCAUCCCUGCCACCCCAGCCCUGGAUCCCCUGAGGGUGCUGACGGACGACGCCGACGUGGCCGCCUGGCAGAAUGAGGGCCUCCCCGCGGACCGCAUGUCUGUGGAGAAUGCCACGAUCCUCAGCAGCUGCGAGCGCUGGCCACUGCUGGUGGACCCUCAGCUGCAAGGUGUCAAAUGGAUCAAAGCCAGACAUGGCGAAGACCUCCGGGUCACCCAGAUUGGUCAGAAAGGCUACCUUCAAACCAUCGAGCGUGCCCUGGAAGCCGGAGAUGUGGUGCUGAUUGAAAACCUAGAGGAGUCCAUUGAUCCUGUUCUAGGACCCCUGCUUGGGAGAGAAGUCAUUAAAAAAGGACGGUUCAUUAAAAUUGGAGACAAAGAGUGUGAAUACAAUCCCAAGUUCCGGCUCAUCCUUCACACCAAGCUGGCCAAUCCUCACUACCAGCCAGAGCUGCAGGCUCAGGCCACCCUGAUCAACUUCACCGUGACCAGGGACAGCCUGGAGGACCAGCUGCUGGCUGCUGUGGUCAGCAGGGAGAGGCCUGACCUGGAGCAGCUGAAGUCAGAGCUCACAAAGCAGCAGAAUGGAUUCAAAAUCACCCUGAAAACAUUAGAAGACAACCUGCUUUCUCGCCUCUCUUCAGCAUCUGGGAACUUCCUAGAAGAAACAGCCUUGGUGGAAAACCUCGAGAUCACCAAGCAGACUGCCGCAGAAGUCGAGAAAAAGGUCCAGGAGGCCAAGGUGACCGAAGCACAAAUCAACGAGGCCCGAGAGCACUAUCGGCCAGCAGCUGCCCGGGCCUCUCUGCUCUACUUCAUCAUGAACGACCUCAGCAAGAUUCACCCCAUGUACCAGUUUUCUCUCAAGGCCUUCCGUAUCAUCUUCCAGAAGGCUGUGAAGAGGGCUGCCCCCGAUGAGAGCCUCAAGGUGCGGGUGACCAAUCUAAUUGACAGCAUAACAUUCUCCGUGUACCAGUACACCACCCGCGGGCUCUUCGAGUGUGACAAGCUGACCUACCUUGCCCAGCUCACCUUUCAGAUUCUCCUCAUGAACCAGGAAGUCAACACAGCAGAGCUGGAUUUCCUGCUUAGAUCUCCAGUGCAGACAGGCAUCACCAGCCCAGUGGAGUUCCUCUCCCAUCAGGCCUGGGGAGGCAUCAAGGCACUUUCAUCCAUGGAAGAAUUCUGUAAUCUGGAUCGGGAUAUUGAGGGAUCUGCCAAGAGCUGGAAAAAGUUUGUGGAGUCACAAUGUCCUGAAAAGGAGAAGUUCCCCCAGGUGUGGAGGAACAAGACAGCCUUGCAGCGCCUCUGCAUGAUGAGGGCUGUGCGGCCGGACCGGAUGACCUACGCCAUGCGAGAUUUUGUUGAGGAGAAGUUAGGAAGCAAAUAUGUGGUGGGAAGAGCGCUAGAUUUUGCAACCUCAUUUGAAGAAUCGGGACCAGCCACUCCCAUGUUUUUUAUCCUGUCUCCAGGAGUGGACCCGAUGAAGGACGUGGAAAAUCAAGGAAAAAAACUCGGAUAUACCCUCAACAAUCGGAACUUUCACAACGUGUCUUUGGGACAAGGACAGGAGGUAGUGGCUGAGGCUGCGCUGGACCUAGCUGCCAAGAAAGGUCACUGGGUUAUUUUGCAGAACAUCCACCUGGUGGCCAAGUGGCUCAGCACCCUGGAGAAGAAGCUGGAGGAGCACAGUGAGAAUAGCCACCCAGAGUUCAGGGUCUUCAUCAGUGCAGAGCCAGCGCCCUCCCCAGAGAGCCACGUCAUCCCCCAGGGCAUCCUGGAGAACGCCAUUAAGAUCACCAAUGAGCCCCCCACGGGCAUGCAUGCCAACCUGCACAAGGCGCUGGACAACUUCACUCAGGACACUCUGGAGAUGUGUUCCCGGGAGACGGAGUUUAAGAGCAUCCUCUUUGCUCUUUGUUAUUUUCACGCGGUGGUGGCAGAAAGACGGAAGUUUGGACCCCAGGGAUGGAAUCGGUCGUACCCCUUUAACGCUGGGGACCUCACCGUCUCCGUGAACGUGCUCUACAACUUCCUGGAGGCUAACACAAAGGUCCCUUAUGAUGAUUUGCGCUACCUGUUUGGUGAGAUCAUGUACGGAGGUCAUAUCACAGAUGACUGGGACAGGAGACUCUGCAAAGCCUAUCUGGAGGAAUUCAUUAAACCAGAAAUGUUAGAAGGAGAGCUGUUUCUGGCUCCAGGGUUCCCCAUCCCAGGCAACAUGGACUACAAUGGUUACCAUCAGUACAUCGAUGCCGAGCUCCCCCCCGAGUCACCCUACCUCUACAGACUCCACCCAAAUGCAGAGAUUGGCUUCCUGACCCAGACCUCAGAAAAGCUCUUCCGCACCGUGCUGGAGCUGCAGCCUCAGGACAGCCAAGUCAGAGAUGGAGCAGGAGCCACGAGAGAAGAGAAGGUCAAAGCUCUUCUGGAAGAAAUAUUAGAGCGGAUGACAGAUGAGUUUAACAUCCCCGAGCUGAUGGCCAAAGUGGAGGAGCGCACCCCCUACGUUGUUGUUGCCUUCCAGGAGUGUGAACGCAUGAACAUCCUCACCAGAGAGAUCCAGCGCUCACUGAGGGAGCUGGGCCUCGGCUUAAAGGGGGAACUGACUAUGACCAGCAACAUGGAGAACUUACAGAACGCCCUGUACCUAGAUAUGGUGCCAGAGCCCUGGGCCAGGCGAGCCUACCCUUCCACAGCAGGCUUGGCAGCCUGGUUUCUGGACCUCCUCAACCGAAUCAAGGAGCUGGAGGCUUGGACAGGUGACUUUGCAAUGCCCUGCACUGUGUGGCUGACAGGUUUCUUCAACCCCCAGUCCUUCCUGACAGCCAUCAUGCAGUCCAUGGCCCGCAAGAACGAGUGGCCCCUGGACAAGAUGGUGCUGCAAUGUGAUGUAACAAAGAAGAACAGAGAAGAGUUCAGGUGCCCUCCUCGGGAGGGGGCCUACAUCCAUGGCCUCUUCAUGGAAGGUGCCCGCUGGGACACACAGGCUGGGAUCAUUACGGAGGCCAAGUUGAAGGAUCUGACACCCCCCAUGCCUGUGAUGUUCAUCAAGGCCAUUACUGCAGAUAAGCAGGAUUGCCGCAGUGUCUAUUCCUGUCCUAUGUACAAGACUUGUCAGCGGGGACCCACCUAUGUGUGGACUUUCAACCUGAAGACUAAGGAGAACCCAUCCAAAUGGGUUCUAGCUGGAGUAGCCUUGCUUCUCCAGGUUUAG